GUAGAAAACUGGCGAUUCCCAAGUUUCCUUCUUCUCCUUUUCUGCUUACUUUGACUAGAGUUGAUUUGUUUUAGAUAUGCUUUGUCUCAAAGCAGAAGCUUUUGAAGAAGACCCUCAAAGUAGCCCUAGUAGUAGUAACAAUGCCAAUGGCAAUGGUGGGUUUGUUCUCCCAAUCAAUUGGGGAAGUUCUAUUCAAAGAUAUUUGCAGUGGAAAAGUGGGAAGGAGUUAAGCCGGUCAUUUUCAGCUGAGGAGGAGUCUUCUUCUGAUUUGGAGGAAAGUAAGCCCCAGGGACUAAGAAGCCAACGAGAAAAACGUGGGAGAAUGACUCAUUACAAGUACCAGCUUGAGCAAGAUGUAUUAAAGCUACAACAGCAGCUGCAAGAAGAGACCAAUUUGCACCUAGCUCUAGCAAGUGCAGUUGAACAUUCUGAGUUACCCUCCUUAGAUUCUCCUUCCAAGCUUCCGGAUAAGGCACAGGAGCUUUUAGAUAGCAUAGCUGUUUUAGAGAUCACUGUGUCAAAGCUUGAGGAAGAGUCUGUUGCAUUGCAAUAUCAGCUUAGUCAGGAAAGGAAUGAACGACGUCUUGCUGAGUAUCGUUUGAAGCAUUCUUCCUCUCCUGCACCAUCACUUUUUAAUUGCUCUCCAGCUUACAGGAUAGAGCCGAUAGCAAGACCUUCUAGCGCAGAGGAAGCGGAAAGAGAUGUGGAUGAUAUGCCUCUGUGGCAGGAUAUUAUCAAUAAGGAUUAUUUUGUGGAGAACCUUUGGCACCACCCCAAUAAGCUAUCUGAAGAGAUGGUGCUACGAAUGAGAGAUAUUUUCCUGUUCUUAGCAGAAUCAUCUAAGCUUUCUGCUCCUAAAUAUAUGGCUUCUCCAUCUUCACCCCACAGUCACUUUGCCCAUUCUUUGGCAUCUUUCUCAGACUCAUCCAACAAGACUUCCUUAGCAAGUACUCCCUCAAGAGGUAAAACAUUUGAUCCUUAUGGAGUUCCUGGAAAAGUGGACUGGACAAGUAGUAUUGGACCCUACAGCGUGGCCAUUGAGGUCUCUUGGUUAUCUAUUGGGAAGAAAGAGCUUGAAUAUGCUGCCAUGGCUCUCAAAAGAUUUAGGUUGCUAGUUGAGCAGUUAGCUAGAGUGGAUCCUUCUCAUCUAAGUUGCAAUGAGAAGCUGGCAUUUUGGAUAAACUUGUAUAAUGCUCUGAUUAUGCAUGCUUAUUUAGCAUACGGAGUUCCAAGAAGUGAUAUCAAAUUGUUUUCCUUGAUGCAGAAGGCUGCUUAUACUGUUGGAGGGUUCUCAUUCAGUGCAGCUGACAUUGAAUAUGGUCUAUUAAAAACGAAACCUCCUGCCCAUCGUCCACAGAUUGCCUUGGUUCUUACCCUUCAGAAACUCAAGGUAUCUGAGGAGCAGCAAAAGUAUUCAAUUGAUCAUCCUGAGCCUCUCCUCUCUUUUGCUUUAAGCUGUGGAUUGCAUUCUUCACCAGCAGUGAGGAUUUUCCGGCCUGACAAUCUGAAUGAGUUGCUCAACAAGUCAUUGAAAGAUUACAUCCGGGCAUCUGUUGCCAUAAGCAGUAGAGGGAAACUGUUGGUGCCAAAAUUGUUGCAUUGUUUUGCGAAAGGUGUUAUUGAAGACUCACAGCUACCUGAAUGGAUCUGCCAGUUUCUAACCCCAGAACAAGCUUCCAUGGUCAGAGAUUGUUUAUCACAUAAUAAGUGGAGACUCCUUGGUGCUCGAACCUUCUCCAUCCUACCUUUCGAUUCAAGGUUUCGCUUUCUCUUCCUAUUUGACGUUAAUAGCUGUGUUACCAUUGCUCAAGAAACAUAGAGUUGCUAACCGAACUUGGUCCCCAUCAGUAAACCCCACGGAAAACACGGAGAAAAGGGGCAAUGAUAAUGUGUAGUUCAUGAUAUAAUUUGCAUUUUGUCAGUGUAAAGUAGUACUGGAGAUGAUUACACAGAAGAGAAAUAGCAUCUUGCAUGGCGGCAUAAUUUGAUAAUCAAAUCAAAUAUUGAUAUAUGUUAAUAAAUAGCAUCAUAAUUUAAUUUCCUAAUACAAAACAUGUCUAUCCAUGUACUUACGUCUAGAUUUGGCAUUUCGGAAGUGACUUCUGGGUUGUAGUUCUAAUGCUACUCGUUGAAAUAAUCAGAAAGUACGGAA